GUCUUCAACGCGGUUCCCUUUGUCGCCUUCGGCUUCAUAGACAACACCGUGCUGAUCUACGCGGGCGACGCCAUCGACAACAGCGUCGGCGUCGCAUUCGGCCUCUCCUCCCUCGCCGCCGCCGCGAUGGGCCAGAUCUUCAGCGACACCAGCGGCGUGCUCUUCGGCGGCGCCAUCGAGGCGUGGGUCCUGCGCGCGGGCUUCGCGCAGCCGGUGCUCACCGCGGAGCAGAACAUGAUGCGAGUGACGCGGAUGACGUCCACCGCGGGUAAGGUUUGCGGCGUCGUCACCGGGUGCUGCCUCGGCCUCCUCAACCUCCUGCUCAUC